AUGGCGACCCACCAAGCGGACGCCAAAGCGCUCCUCGACGACCGCGGCUACAGCGGCGCGCUGAUUCGCGGCCAGAACCCGGCGCUGCUGUUCGAAAAAGCCGUGCGAGACCGCAUCACCGAGUCGUACUACUGGAAGGAGCAGUGCUUCGGCCUGAACGCGGCGACGCUGUGCGACCGCGCUGCCGAGCUCACCUUCGUCGGCGGCACGUACGGCGGCCUCGGCAAACCGACCCCGUUCCUGUGCCUGGCCUUCAAGCUGCUGCAGCUCGUGCCCGAGAAGGAGAUCAUACUGGCGUAUCUGAACUGGCCGGAGGAUGAGGAGAGAGGGGAAGGCGAGGGCGAGGACGAUGAGGGGAGGGCACCUGGCGUGAAGGGCGAUUUCAAGUAUCUGAGGGCGCUGGCGGCCUUCUAUAUCCGGUUGGCGUGGGAGCCGGUGGAGAUUUAUCAGACGUUGGAACCAUUGUUGGCGGAUUAUAGAAAAUUGAAGAGGAGGAUGAGGGAUGGGUUUACCCUGACUUACAUGGACCAGUUUGUGGAUGAUCUGUUGAUGAAGGAUCGGGUUUGCGCGACGAGUCUGUGGAAGCUGCCGCCGAGGACGCUGCUGGAGGAUCUAGAUCUGCUGGAUCCGAGAGAGAGCCCGCUGGGUGACGAGGUCGAUCAACUGGAUGAGGAUGAAGACAUGGAAAACGGAGGGCACAGGAGCGAGAGAGAAGAGAGCGGCGAGAUUGAAGAGCGGAGCCGCAGAGACAGCAGAUCCUCAGCCGACGACUGA